CCAACUCGACUGCAUCUACCUCUGGUAUUCUGGACAUUUUCCGAUCAUGAUCACGCCUAGCUGCAAUGAUGGUCUUUCAUCGAGGCUCUCGAAGUUACCUCGAGUCGGUACGGUAGUCGGUAGUUACGUUUCGAUAUGACAACGAAAAGUCGCGUCGCCUAAUUGUUUACAAUUGCUCAGCGACAAUCUUUUCUAAUUAGUACGUAUGUACAUUCUGAAUACAUACGAAUGCAUAGGCAAGUACGUACCUGCGCAAAAAAUGUAUCUCAUUAAGGAACUUGUGAUUCAAAUGAUGCAAAUCUCGACAGAAUACAGAAUUUCGAAUUUCACGUCUUGACGUCUUGACUCUCGCGCGACUCGCCGCGGCCGAGCCGCUGCCAAAGCGGGAGCGGGGAGCGGGGACAUCAAGUCGAGACACUCGGACUGAUUUAUGGCUAUACUUACAAUUACACGUACUCACGUAGUAAGAAUCAGCGAAAGCAUUGGUCACCAUUGGUCUUUCUCUUUGAGAGGAAAUGUCAUGUGGUGGUGUCGUCAGUCGUCAGUCGUCAGUCGUCAAUCGUGUGCCUGUACUGCCUGUUUCACGUGAUAAAGAGAAGUAGUUCUGGGUGGUUCGGCCUUGGCCUCGGCUCGGCGUCGGCGUCGGCGUCGACGUCGGCGAUUCCAGAUAACCCAGAUUCCAGAAGGGCGGUGAUAUCACUGAUAUCUACCUACAGUAUCCGUGCGACUCAUGGACAUGCUACUCAACCGAUAGAAAUUUUAGGCCAACGUAUUUAUAUCGCAAAAAACAGCUGUAAACAAAUUUAAUUUAUUGCUUGUACAUAUACAUAUAUACAUACGCGUCACGUGUUUUUUGCCGCGCUAUCGACAUAUACAAAGAGCAAACCGACGAGUGAACCGGUCUCUCUGUUUUCGGUUUUCGGUGAAAUCAUGGUUUUUUUCGUUGUUCAACCACCUAGACACAGUAGACACAGACAUGGCUGACGUGGGUGGCUCUGCGAAUGUGCUCUUUUGUGACUUAAACGCGGACGAUAUAUAACAUUCCGGAGACGAAAGAUCGUAGAUCGUAGCUGCGUGCCUCUGCGUAGCAUUCAUCCGAUAAACUCUAACCUCUUUUUGAAUCGUUGAACAUAAAUCCAUUUGUUUCAUCGUUAAUAUCGUCAUCCGUCAUCCUGCAAUUCCGCUCGCCGCCGGUUGGUUCACUCGAAGAUUAUAGGAUUAUUCGACGUUCGAUGACGAUAUUGACGAUAUACUCUUGAUCAUUCGGUGGAAUGCUUGUGGCCAUGAGAGAGCUAUAUUAACAAUUCUUUAAAAAGAAAAAAAAAACAAUUAAAAAUUGACUACGUCCAAUAAGAAUGAUAUCCAAUAAGAAGCUAAUGAGAAUGGUGGAUUACUUAAAGGACCCCCAACUAGUCGCAUCGAUACAAGAAUUUUUUGGUAUCAAAAUACAUUACAAUAGGCAUAACGAAACAUUCCAAGAGGAGGAGAAUAGAUACGCUUACGCGAAACGUGACGACAAUGAAGCAACGUGUAUUUCAACUUGCCAUAGUAAAAAAAUUAAUGGCUGUGAUGCAAACAGUAAACAACUGACGGCAUCUGCAAAGCGAAUGAAUAACGCUCUGGAACAGGGAACAAAUGAUGAGCCAACGGUCCGACGCAAAGAAGCUUCGACAAUUUCAGAUAAUUCAAAUUAUGCGAUCACUAAUCCAUUUUGGUAUUAUACAUUUGUGUUUGGAACCGAGUUAGGGGAUGAGGUCUUCUAUUCAACUUUUAUACCUUUCCUGUUUUGGAAUGUCGAUGGAGCUGUUGGUCAAAGAGUAGUCUUAGUAUGGGCCACUAUUAUGACCAUUGGACAGAUACUGAAAGAUGUAAUAUGUUGGCCUAGACCAGCGUGUCCUCCGGCGGUCAGAUUGCAAAAUAAAUGGUCACAAGAAUAUGGAAUGCCAUCCACUCAUGCCAUGGUUGGUUUCACGAUACCAUUUAGCGUAGUGUUGUUUACAAUGAAUAAAUAUAUUUAUCCAUUUUCUGUCGGCUGCAUUAUUGCAUUUCUUUGGUGCGUACUUGUCAGCAUGAGCAGAUUAUACCUGGGUAUGCAUACCGUGCUGGAUAUUGUGGCCGGCUUAGUACUAACGAUUGCAUUAAUGAUUCCAUUGGUACCCUUGGUGGACAUAACAAAUUCUUAUGUUACUACAAAUUUUUGGCUCGUAGCGAUGCUGAUCGCGAUCAGUAUUGCCGUUAUCGUAUAUUAUCCAACUAGCAGCUACAAGUGGACACCCACUAGAAGUGACACUGCCAUGGUUGUAUCAGUCGUAGCAGGAAUUCACGCGGGAGCAUGGCUCAAUUAUUAUACCGGUUUAUUAAGGGCAUCACAAUCUUUGCCACCGUUUCAUAUCGUUUGGCCGACGUAUUCUAUGCUUGGUCAUCUGAUUGUUAGAACCGCACUUGGCUUUUCUGGCGUUAUUGCUACAAAAGUCUUCUGCAAAUCUUUUAGUUAUAUUAUAAUAUGUGGCAUAUUACAAAUUAAUUGGAGGGAACUUAUAAAAUGUCAAGAUUAUAAUGGUAAUCAAAAUAAGGUGUUCGUCGAUCUAGUCUACAAAUAUGUAAGUUGUUUCAUGAUAGGUAUAAAUACAGUGUAUCUAUUGCCACAAGUUUUUAGCAUGAUAGGUAUCGAACGAUCAGCAUUUUACACGGAAAUAUGAAAAACUUAACAUACAAUCUGUUGUUCGAUUUAUAUUGUGCUCUGUGAAAUAUAUUUUAUACCUCGUUUGUUUA